AGGUAGGAUGAUGGGUGAAUAAAUAAAACAUCCCGCUCAACCGAUCAAAAUACCUAGUAUACCUACCAACGUACAGCCAAAAUCAACAUUGCAAAAUCGGACUUGCUGGUGAGUAGACGUGCGUUAUCAUUCUCUCGCGAAUUAAGAUGGACCGAUGGGUUGGUAAAGUAGCCGUAGUGACUGGAUCCAGUUCCGGAAUUGGAGCCGCUACGGCAAAGGCAUUGGUUAAUGCUGGAAUGAUCGUGGUCGGUUUGGCCCGUCGAGUAGAACGCGUGGAAGCAUUAAAGUUGGAACUGAAGCAAGCGGAUCGGGACCGUUUACAUGCGAUUAAAUGUGAUGUUUCGAAGGAAGAAGACAUUCUCAAAACAUUCAAACUGGUUGAGGAAAAAUUCGGAGGCGUGGAUGUGCUUAUCAAUAAUGCUGGCAUUGUGCGCGAUACCAAAUUGAUUGAAGCCGAGACACAGAAAGUGCGCGAAGUAAUAGACACUAAUGUAAUGGGGUUGGUUCUAUGCAGUCGAGAAGCAUUCAAAUCUAUGAAGAAACGUUCGGUGGAUGGUCACAUUGUGCACAUCAAUAGUGUUGCGGGUCAUCUAGUGCCAAAUUUUGCAAAUUUGAACAUCUAUCCAGCCUCCAAGUUUGCUGUAACGGCCAUCACGGAAACUAUGCGCCAGGAACUGAGAACGGAAGGAACUAAAGUGAAGGUUACGAGUAUAAGUCCUGGUGUCGUCAAGACGGAAAUCAUACCCGCUGACGUAGUUGCAACGGGAAUGCCUUUUCUGGAAUCAGAAGAUAUAGCAGAAGCUGUUUUGUACGUUGUAGGAACACCUCCGCGAGUGCAGAUUCACGAGCUGACAAUUAAACCAAUCGGAGAGAUCUUCUAGUUUGGUGCAAAACAUUGGUACAAACAAAACAACUAAUUCAAACAAUUCUGUGGUAAUAAAAAUAGUUGCCCUACGAGAAGGAAUGCAAUUCAGAUAUUUUUGAAUCCGAGAUAUUGAAAAUUGAUAGAUCGAUUUUGAAUAUUUUCUGCGAUCAACCAUUCCUAUUUCACGUUACUGUGUUUUGAUUGCCGCAAGGUUCUACUGUAUCGAUUUUGUUUGUGGUCGUUGAUGGAACAUAACUCAUCAUCAUGCGGAAGACUUGGGUAGAACGCCCACCUGAUCGAUAAUAAAGAAAUAAGAUUAUACGUCAUUUUGCGGACGUUUU